GUUCAAAUUGACAAAAAUGACAUAACACAAACAGUUUUAAGUGGUUUGCUAUUGUGUUUAGUAACUUCUAAUUUUAUAUAUAUUAAUGUUACUCUAGUGUCACUUAUCAGUAUUUAAUUUUAUUGUGUUUAUGAGGUAGAGUGAUUGAAGUCAAAAAGAUGGCAUGGACGAAACGUCAAAUACUGCUAACUUUGCUUAUGGUUAUAACUGGUAGUAUCAAUUCACUAAGUACAAAAUGGGCUGAUACAAUAAAAUCCGUAGACAGGUAUGGAAAAGAAAAGUUAUUUAAUCAUCCAUUUUUCCAAGCCUGUGGUAUGUUUAUAGGAGAACUGACUUGUCUGCUGGCAUUUAAAAUCUUGUACAAAUAUUAUAGCAGAAGAGCGGAUGGUACAGAAGAUGUGAACGAAUUAACUAAAGGCAAUAGAAACUUCAAUCCGUUAAUUCUCUUCAUACCUGCUAUGUGCGACAUGACAGCGACAUCAAUUAUGUACAUAGGACUGAAUUUAACAUAUGUAUCAAGUUUUCAAAUGUUCCGAGGAUCUGUCAUAGUUUUUGUAGGGUUACUUAGUACUGCAUUUUUACAAAGGGUCUUAACCAAAAAGCAAUGGUCGGGUAUAGUUUUAAUUAUAAUUGGAUUGGCGCUGGUCGGUGCAGCCGAUUUUAUUUAUAAAGAUACAAACAGUAGUCAUGGAACAAACGACGUUAUUACAGGUGACAUGUUAAUAAUCAUAGCACAAAUUAUUCAAGCUGUUCAAAUGGUGGUUGAAGAAAAAUUUGUUUCUGGACAGGAUAUUCCACCAUUACAAGCUGUGGGUUGGGAAGGGUUUUUUGGAUUCAGCAUACUAGCCCUUCUCCAAAUACCGUUCUAUUUCAUUAGAGCCGGUCCACCGGUAACCGAAAAUUCUGGAGAUCGAUUAGAAGAUGUCAUUGAUGCUUUUGUUCAAAUGGGUCACAGUGGAAAACUUACAACUGCAAUAUUAGGUACUGUCAUAUCAAUUGCUUUCUUUAAUUUUGCUGGUAUCAGUGUUACGAAAGAACUUUCAGCUACUACCCGGAUGGUUUUGGAUAGUGUCAGAACAAUUUUCGUGUGGAUUUUCAGUAUAGCGUUCUUUCAUCAAGAUUUCCAUUGGUUGAACCUGGUUGGUUUUGUCAUACUUCUAAGUGGAAUGUGCAUUUACAAUGGAAUAACCGGAUAUCCCUUACUUUUAAAAAUAAAAAGUUGUAUUUGUAGUAGAAGAUACGGGACAGUGGACGAAGAUGUUGUAGUUAAUAGAAAUGCACAAGAUGUUGAACAACAAUAAGCACUUACUAAUGACAUUUUAUAAAAACGAAUAUCCAGUUGACUUAGAAUGCAGUUUUGAGGAAACUUAUCACUGGUUUUAUUUAUGCUCUCAGUGAAAGUGUAUGUCACUCAAAACUGUAUUAUUUAAUUGCUAUAAUUCUCUGAUAAAAAAAGGAUUUUACUAUUUUUAGAUUAAGGUUAAAACAUAUUUUUUUAAAAUUAGAGAAUUAAUUUCAAUAUUAUGCCCUUGCAAAACUACAAAUGGUUGCUUACAAUUUGUCCAUCAACUGUUGAAGUAUAUGCGAAAUAGUAAAGAACAAUAAUAGGUGCUGGUACUAGAUACUAAUACCAAUUACAUAUUCAAUUUAUAUAAUUUUCUCUAAAUAUGUUUAAAGUAAAAAAAGUAGGAUACUUUUACUGCAAAUGUUAUCAAAACCGAUAUUUCUAACAACCUUUAUUUCUAUUAAAUUAUUGCCAAUAAAAUUGUUCUUGUCUUCGAAAUGACAUGCUAAAUGUCAAUACUUGGGGUUUUUAAUUCAUAAUCAUCAGAUCUGCGAAUCGCUACCAGCCACAGCUUUUAGAGAGUUUAAUCAUUAGUAAAUUUAUGUUUUUUUGUCAACACAAUGGACCUACUAAACAGUGUAUAUUUUUUAUGUAAAAAAGGAAACACAAGAGAGUAAACCCUAUUACAUUUAAGUAGUUCGAGUGGUGCAUGCGUUUGAAGAUGCCUGUGGAUAUUGAUCUGGAACUUGUGUAGGUUGUAGUAUUCAGGAAAAAUGUGCCUUAGUAGCCGAAUCAAUAGGCUUGCACUUCUCCAAAGAAAGGAGUCCCGAUAAACUAACGUUUUGGACGUCUGCUGGCGAAUUCUGUGAUCAUGAGCCACGUCUGUCGAGUAGGUUUUGAUGGGACUAUUCUAGAUGGUAUUUUGUUGGACAGAUCAGAAGAGCAUCUGCUGUAGUAGUAUCAGUAAAAUAAGAGUCAGGCCAGCGACCUUUCUUCUAUGCUCUAAACUUAUAUUAUCUUAAAUCGCACUUUCACGUUUCUAGGAAACGAUUUAUAUUUAAAAUGUGUAAGAAAAAAUUUCGACAGCUCUACUUCAAGACUUAACUCAACAGUGAUUUCAACAGAUUAACAUAAAAACCGUUUCCUUCAUUGAAUUUAACAUGAUUAUCUACCAAAAUGUGGCUAUCAUGUUAAUUAGUCAGCUACUGUGAAUAAUUUUUUUCAUCAUGUGUACAUGAUAGAGGUAUUCCAUAUUGAAGGGUAUAACAACUUUGGAAUAAGUUAGGUUAGAUUUCGUUUGUAAAAAAGGAUAUUAGUUUCUGAAAGCUUUUAAAGCAGUUAGUUGCGGUUUGUAAGUACUUAUAACUAUACCCCUUCAAAACAUUGGUGUAUUUUUAAAAAAUAUCACAACUUGACGAUUAUGCCCAAACAAAUAGUGAAAUUUGACAUUACAUUUCAUAUAUUUCUACAUAGGUGGCAAGUUCAAAUAGGGAAUCUUCAUUCUUAGUUAUUUUAUAAUCAAAACUUUAACUAGAUCUUUUACAUUCGCAUGUUUGUAGUUAAAUUUUACUUGGUCAAGAAUUCUAAAUAUUUAUACAGUUCAAUACACUCAAUAAGGAUCAUUAUUGUAAUAUAUAUUUUUAUAAAAUGAUAAUACUCUGCGACUCAAUUAUAUGUAAAUGAAAAUAUUAAUAAUUGUAUUGUAUUCGACUGAUGCUAAAUUUUACUAGAAUUUAACAUACUGCUUAUACCAAUUAAAAAUUAAAGAAUCGCGGGGAAAAGCAAAGUUCACUUUCCGGAAAAUCUAAAUCAUAUUUUUCUUCGAGCGUAUAAUAAUAUCUACAUUAUUAUCGGCAACAUAGAUCGUAGAAACAACAAUAUAAUGAGAAAAGAUAGCAAUAGCCUUAUUAUGGGCGUUGUAAUCAAGUAGGCAGGAACUAUCAUUAUAUUUUUAUUUUAUUUGAUGUUUGUCAGUUUUGAAAAGUGUAUUGUGAAAAUUUCUCAAGAAAGAAUUUCAAUGUACACCUCCGCUUGAAGAAAAAAUAAUGUACUCGGAGCAGAAGAUCCAUUAUAUAUUUCGUCCAGUUUGCACAGCUUCGGCUAAUGUCUCCGAAGUGCAAGUAUCUGAGCUCAACAAUAAUGAUACCUUCUACUCCUAGUAACAUAAUGUACUUUUCUCCAUAUAUUAUUAGAAUUUAUUCAUUUAUAUAAGAUCUAAAAUAUUUUUUUACGGUGAUUCAAUCAGAAAUUUUGUACUUCGUCAAAACGUGGAAUUUGAACCUUUCCUCGCGGCUCUUGUAAUAAAAAAUAGAAAUUUUUUGUUUUUUGGUACAUGCAGUAUUUUAUGGAAAAAUGUGAUUAUUUUAUAAUAAACUUUAUAUAUGAAAUAAAAAACUAUAAUUUAUAAAAAUAAAAGUAUGUUGAUUUAUAUUACUGAUUUUUUAUUUGAUUUACUAGUGGACUAGAUGGAAUUAUAAAAAUAUUCACAACUCUCACGGUCAGUUCUCAGAUGAUUUUCGAAGGAUCAUAUAGAAAUGUGAAUUUCUUGCGAUAAUUGUGAAGUGAUACAGAACAAUACCAAUAAACUAUAAAAAUAAAUAUGUACACACAAGGAUACCUCGCUGGAUUUAAUAACAACGCAGCCAAUAUUUAUACAGGGUAACCCACUGAUGCAAAUGAGUCAAACAUAGUUUACUAUACAUACCAACCCA